GGAGGAGCAGAGGCCGAGGGAGCACAAGUGGAGCAGGCACUGCCGCACAACACGGCUCUUGGAGAGCGUGCACCCCUGAGUGAGUGUGCACCCCUGAGCGUGCAGCCCUGAGUGUGCAUGGCUGGGCACAGUGCCCUGCAGUGAGCGCGCCUGGCUGAGCAGUGCCCACCACGCACAGCACCCAUUGGAGACCUGCAAACACAGAAGAGAGGGUGCUGUCCUGGGACACCCAUCAUGGGCAACUGCAUCCCACUGACCCCCCGCGUCCUGGAGAGCAAAAACUCCCUGGACCUGAUGGAGAUCAUGGGCAACUUCUCCUAUGACGACAGCAACAUGACUGUCCUGGACUACGAUGCUGCACCCUGCCACAACCAGUACUGUCCCUUCUUCCAGCGCGUGGCCCCCACCUUCCUGGCCGUCACCUGUGCCGCAGCUGCCCUGAGCACUGGGGCGCUGCUGGUGGCACUGGCCAAGCGGCCCCACACCUGGGGUUGGCCCCAGAGCCGAGCACUGGUGGCCCAGCUGGCAGUGGGGACAGGUCUCUUCGCUGCCCUGCUGCCGCCAGUGGCAGUGGGCAUUGGGCAGGGCUGGCGGCUGGGCGCAGGGCUGUGCAGGCUCACCCACUUGCUGUGGCACUGGAGCCUCUUCGCGCAGGGUCUGCUGGUGGCCAGUGGCUCCUGCAGCACCGCCUGGUGCCGCUGGGACCCCCAGAGCCGGUGGCUGGCCGUGGCUGUGUGGGCUGGGGCAUUGAUGCUGGCAACGCCAGCAGCUUUUGCCGGUGGCAUGGUGGCAGCCCCAGAGACGAGCUGCAUCCGCCGGAGCGUGGACGUCCUCUCCCCAGUGUACCUGCUGCAUCUCACCCUCUGCCUCUGCCUCUUCUUGCUGCUGCCAGCAGUGCUGCUGGUGGCCAUGCUCGCUGUGCCAAAGCUGAGGGCGGGCUGGGAGCCAGGUGUCACUGUGAGCUGGUUCUUCUUUGGGCUCUGGGUGCCUUACGGCGUGGGGCUGGCUGUGGAUUUCCUCCUGCAAGCCCAGCUGCUGCAGCCCACCUGCAGCACCUUUGAGCACUUCGACUACGUGCUGGGGCUGAGCGAGGGGCUGGGGGUGCUGCACUGCUGCCUGGGGCCCGCAGUGCUGCUCACCACCUGGCUCUGCCGGCACAGGGCCGGUGCCAGCGGCAGCUGCUGAGCUCCUGCUGCUGCAGCCAAGGGCU